UUGGAGUCACUGUAUGAUUGAGCGAAUGAAGUCGCAUUGAUGGCUGCUACCCCGGGGGAGGCCUCUUAUCGUCGAUCUGCGUCUCCGCACCGGUUUGGGUGAGUUGAUCCUGGCUUGGGUGUAUAUGUAGGGUUUGGGAGCCGUUUUACUUGCCGUGGGGUGUGCUCUUUGAUAAUUGAUGCGAGGGUAAAUCGAUCUCUUCUCUGGUUUGAUUUGGUUCUUCUAUCACGCUUUUUUCUUUUCAUUCUUGACUCUAGUCAUUCUACCGUCUUGUUGAGUUGCGUUCUCUUGAUGAAAUCAGGUUGAAUGUGCCCACGUUGUGUGCAUGGAUUCAGACCAUCAUGGAUGAGUUUCCUGGAUUGGACAACCUGCGCGUGCUGGGUCUCGUCCUGGUCUCACUGGUAGGGGUAUGGCUUGUCUUGGGACAUCCCACGAGGAAGCAUUUCGCACCGUGGUUCAAACUACACCAUCGUAGACUCUCAUUCAGCGAGACACCGUCCAGAGACAAAACCCCAUCUACUAGUCCUGCCUCGUCCACCAGCUAUACAACCGCUCUUCCUCCUCAACGUCGAGAAGUCCUCGCCACCCUGCCAAAGACGGCCCCAAUUUACAAGAAAGUCAACGAGGAAGACGUUCAGCGCCGUCUGAUCCCAAUGGACGCGGACUACCGCUCCUGUGCCGACGAUCGAUUCACCCCGACGGGCUUCUCCGUCGGCGAGAUCAAGGCACUGGGCGAUUUCCCGGACUAUGCACAGCUCAGCGGGGUGCCCCUUCCGCAGGCAUACGAUGGGUUCGAUAUUGAAAAGGCCCUUCCGAGGCCGUAUCGCCCGUUUCGAUGGUCUUAUCAUCAGACGAUGUCCCUAACAAAGCUCGAAACCGACUGGUGGAUCGAGCUCGAAAACACCUACAAGUCGCGCAUCGCACAGCGCAACGACCUCUACGCCAAAUACGGCACCGCCGUCGUGGGCUACCUCCCUGGCUCGGAACUAGCCUGUAAAGAGCUGAUGGAGAUGGUACUGCAAUUUGUGUGCGCGCGGUAUCCGAAGUACUUCUCUCUGGGAGACAAUCGGAUCUUUCAUAACCGUAUUCUCGGCACGGAAGUGGAUGUCAGAUCCAAGAAUCCCCUUGAGAUCUUGAUCCAGAAUAUCCCUGAGGAUUUCGCCAUCAUGAUGCGCGAUGAAAAAACGGGCUUUUACUUCCUCCGAGCGGGUGUCAUUUGCUCCGCGCUGGGGUGGAAUAUUGGGACUAAGAUUGGGUUGCAGUUGCAUGAGAUUCAUGCCCCUAUUCCGGAUUAUAGGGAGAAGAUGCAGUUUUCUAUGGAUCGAUUCUUCACCAAAAUGCCCACCGAAAAGCCCAUCCAGCGCGGCUCCUGGGGCCUCGAAAUCAACCAACCCCUCUACAUGCCCCCCGGCGACCCGCACGAAGCCAUCCGCCACACGCAGGACCCAAACCUCCGCCUUGGAGACUGCCAUCUACGUGUCGAUUGGCAGACGCUCCGCCGGCUGCCGCUCUCAGCGGGCAUCGUGUUCAACUUCAAGGCGGUCUUCACCCCUGUGUCCGAGUUCCGCGACGAACCGGGUGUGCCGGCGCUUUUGUCGACGGUUCUGAAGGAGGGGAAGAGGGAUCUGAUGGUUUAUAAGAGUACGUGGCAUGUGGAGCAUGUGGUUUUGCCGGCUUUGGAGAAGUGGGCGGCGGAGCAGGUGGGGGACGGGGUGGUGGAUGGGGGGUGGAGGGUUGCUACUUUGGAUGAGAGUCCUUGGUUUAGGGGGUGGGUGGAGAAGUGGAGGGGGAAGCAGGGGUUUUGA